UUUAACUUAAAAGCCCUAAAAGAACUUAACCAUCCCUCCGCCCUCGCCCCCAAAACUCAAAAAUCACAACAAAGCCGCCAUUGUUGCAGGUGUUUCUCGAAAUAUUAGGGAAAAUGGGGAAGUUAGGGAAAAAAGCGAGGAAAUUUGCGAAGAAGAAUCUUCAAUCUGUGUUGAAAAGAAAACGGCAGUUGAAAUCUAUGUUCAAAAGGAAGGCUUCUAAAAGAGAUAAGAAGGAGGAAGCAGAGAACCUUGAAGAAGAUCAAAUAGGGAAGUCGAAUGAAAGAGGCUUCGAAAGCAAAAAUAUAGAGGAUACUGAGCUUGAUGCAGUAUUUGGUGAUGAGAGCGAUGUGGUUGAAGAUGAUUCCGGCAGCGAUGGAUAUUUAUUUGAGGACUCGAGCUGUCCGUCUCUGGAUGAAAAUGGAACUCAGAGUGAUCAAGAUGAUAUUGAUGUAGACAACGGUGGUACUGGUGAUUUGUUGGAGCAGAACAGGGCAAUUCAUUUAGAGCUUGCACAGAAGAAGAAAAAAUUAGAGAGGUUGCAGAAAAAGGAUCCUGAAUUUUCUAAGUUUCUGGAAAGCUAUGAGAACGGCCUUGGGAAAUUAAAGAAUGAGGAAUAUUAUUCCGAUGAGGACAAUACUAGUGAAGAUGGCACAGAAAGUCCUGAGAAAGGCACUGUAAAUUUAAGAAAGGACAAGUUGUUGACUAGCUCUGCUCUUAAUUUUUUGUGCCAAUUACUCAGAGAGCAUCAUAGUAUUUCUGCACUUACUAGUUUAUUGAAUGGGUAUAGAACUGCAUGCCAUUAUGAUCUUCAUGAUGUUGCCUCGUGCUGUGGACAUCCAGACAGCAAAGCCUUUUCCAAGAUUUUAAUCUUCAUGCUUCAGGAGGCUGAUAAUAUUUUUCGAGAAAUGCUUGGAAUAUCAUGUUCUAGUUGCAAAAAGGAGACCGUUUUAGAGUUGAAGAAUAGUUCAAAAUGGAAAACUAUGAAGCCACUAAUCAAGUCUUAUUUGAGAAGUACACUGUUUCUUCUGAAUCAGGUUACUGACUCGGAGAUACUCGCCUUCUCCUUGGUUAAAAUCAGAGCCUCGGUAAUAUUUUUUGCUGCUUUUUGUCCGUUGCUGCAAAGACUAAUCAAGAUUGCAGUUCACCUAUGGGUAACAGGUGAAGGGACUCUUGCAUCACAUUCUUUCCUGGUCAUAAAAGAUGUGGCUUCUGUGUUUAGCUCAGAUUGUUUCGACUCAUGCUUGAUUAAAACAUAUAAGGCCUUCAUUGGUCACUGCAAAUUUGUCGAUCCAGUAUCUUCCAAACACAUUCAGUUUCUGCGCAAUUCCUUUAUUGAGCUUUGCUCUCAAGAUGUGCAAAACUCAUCCAAAAAGGCAUUUGUCUGUGUGGAGCACCUUUCUAAGAUAUUGCAGACGGGUCUACAAACAAAGAAGAAGGAGGCUGUAAAAAGGAUAUGCAGUUGGCAGUAUACAAUCUGCGUUGAUCUCUGGGUUACAUUUAUAUCAGCAAACAUACACGAUUAUGAUCUUCAGCCAUUGUUAUACGUUAUCAUUCAGAUUAUCAACGGAGUAGCUGUCUUGUUUCCUGGACCAAAAUAUUUGCCUCUAAGAAUCAAAUGCAUUCAGUGGUUGAAUAACCUUUCUAGUGCAACUGGGGUUUUCAUUCCUGUUGCAUCAUUUGCUAUGGAUAUUUUGGAAUAUAAAACUGGAAAGGUCAAUGGAAAACCCGGAAAAGAUUUCAACUUCUCUUCCACCAUAAAGUUGCCGAAACAUUUGCUAAAAUCUCGAAACUUUCAAGACAAGUGUGUUUCGUCCGUCAUUGAAUUACUUGCAAUGCACUUUGCUCAAUGGAGCUGUCACAUAACUUUUCCUGAGCUGGCUACUAUUCCUCUCAUCUGCCUCAAGAAGUUUGUUGAGACUACAACCACUGAGAGUUACCGGCGUGUGGUGAAGCGAUUUAUCGAUCAGGUGGAGCAGAACAUUGAAUUUAUACAGAGGAAGAGAGAUGAGGUGGCAUUUUCACCGAAAGAUCAUCAAUCUGUCGAAUCAUUUCUUCAGUAUGAAAAGUCCAAUGCCAAGGCUCCAUUCACACAAUAUUACAAGAGUAUAAUCGAGAAAGCGGCUUCCUCAAAACUGGUUAUGAAUCAGAAGAUAAGUUCCUUGCCUCAAUCGAAAAGACAGCUGCCAAACGACACCGUCCCUGUGAAUGCCAUUGAUGAAGUUUUGGAGGGAAAUAAAGUGGAGAUGUCGACUAACAAUGGAAAAGUCCGAAAAACGAGCAAGAAAAGGAAAACAUAAGAUAGACACCCUGCCAUUGCCUCCGUCUACUAAUUCGUAAGAGUAGGCAAACUUAUUCUUCAUUUUAUAGAUCGAUUAUUCAAUGAUUUGUGUUUGUAAAGCAGAAAUGCGAAGGAAAAUUUUGUUAGCAAAAGGUGGGUUUGAACAUCAAGGCAAACAAGUUUUGCAUGCGACAUUAGUUAUAGGAGAAUCAAAUCUUGGAUUAUCUGUUGGUUUAGAUUCUGUUGAUGGUGUUCUUCGUUUAUCGGCGAUAACGAUCUGAACGAAUUUUGCCGUUAUUAAGAUGAAACCUUU